AUGUCUUCCUCCACAUCCCCCGCCGACUCCGAUGGAAAGUUCGAUAUCAACGAGAUCAGCACCGCCUCUCCUCCCCUCACCCAUCAUCAGACUGGUCAAUCUACCCACAUCGACUAUGCCUACCCAAUGGCCCAGCUCCAACCCACGGAGACCCGUCUCCCAGCCUUUGGGGGCGAGUUCCAACCUGGUCUCUAUCGCCCCGUCAAGGAUCGCAAGAUCGCCAACCCGGCGCCCUUGGGAUUGUGCGCCUUUGCGUUGAGCACGUUCGUUUUGGGAUUGAUUGAGAUGGAAGUGCGGGGAGUUACCGAGCCGAAUAUUUUGAUCGGGCUUGCCUUUGCGUAUGGAGGUUUGGUGCAGCUGCUCUCUGGCAUGUGUUCUCUCCUCGUAUGGCGGGUUCUGGAUCUCCGUGGGUAUUAUUUUCACUCCCGGCGGAUUUAA